CCUGGAGUGCAGAGAAGGGGAGCAGACCGGUGCCAUCUCAGGGGACCAAGAUGGAGUUUUCUGGAAGCAAGCGCAGGAGGCUGAAGUUAGGGGGUGACCAGAAGAAUGUCUCUUACCCUCAUAGCCUUCAGUUUUACUUGCAGCCACCUUCUGAAAACAUAUCUUUGAUUGAAUUCGAAAACAUGGCUAUUGAUAGAGUGAAAUUGCUAAAAGCAGUGGAAAAUCUAGGGGUGAGCUAUGUGAAAGGAACGGAGCAGUACCAGAGUAAGUUGGAGAAUGAGAUUCGCAAGCUCAAGUUUUCCUACAGAGAAAACUUGGGCAAUGAAUAUGAACCACGAAGAAAAGAUCACAUUUCUCAUUUUAUUUUGCGCCUUGCGUAUUGCCAGUCAGAAGACCUUAGACGGUGGUUCAUUCAACAAGAAAUGGAUCUCCUCCGAUUUCGCUUUAGUAUUUUACCUAGGGACAAAAUUCAAAGUUUCUUACAGGACAGCCAUUUGCACUUUGAGGAUAUAAGCGAUGAAGAGAAGAGUCCCCGAGAACAGGACAUCAUUGCCUCAUCGCCUGGUGGGCUGAAGCUGGACCUGGAGUCAGUGUAUAAGGUCCCUUUUGCUGAUGCUCUGGAAUUGUUUCGCGGGAGGAAGGUCUACUUGGAAGAUGGCUUUGCUUACGUGCUAUCUAAGGACAUUGUGGCCCUCGUCCUGAAUGAGUUUAGAGCCAAAUUAUCCAAGGCGUUGGCAUUAACCGCCAGGUCCUUGCCCACUGUGCAGUCAGACGAGAGACUCCAGCCUCUGCUCAACCACCUCAGCCAUUCUUACACUGGCAAAGAUUACAGUGCCCAGGGGACCACAGGGAAGAUUUCUUUAGACCAGAUUGAUUCGCUCGCCGCCAGGUCCUUCCCGCCCUGCAUGCACCAGCUGCACCGAGUCCUGCGCGAGAACCACCACCUGCGGCACGGCGGCCGCAUGCAGUACGGCCUCUUCCUGAAGGGCAUCGGCCUCACCCUGGAGCAGGCCCUGCACUUCUGGAAGCAGGAGUUUGUCAAGGGAAAGAUGGAUCCGGAAAAGUUUGAUAAAGGUUACUCUUACAAUAUCCGCCAUAGCUUUGGAAAGGAAGGCAAGAGGACAGACUACACUCCUUUCAGUUGUAUGAAGAUCAUCCUCACCAACCCGCCAGGCCCAGGGGAUUAUCAUGGGUGCCCUUUUCGUCACAGCGACCCCGAGCUGCUGAAGCAGAAGUUGCAGUCAUACAAGAUUUCUCCCACGGGCAUAAGCCAGAUUUUGGACUUGGUAAAGGGAUCUCACUACCAGGUAGCCUGUCAGAAGUACUUUGAGGUGAUACAUAAAGUGGACGAUUGCGGCUUUUCUUUGAAUCAUCCGAAUCAGUUCUUCUUUGAGAGCCAGCGGAUGCUCACUGGCGGUAAAGACCCCAAGAGGGAAUCCAGCCUGCCGGAAACCCCGCAGUCCAAGCCGGGCGUCCCCAAAGCCAGGGGUGCGGCCUCGGCCCUCGCCUCAGAGCCCCCGCCACCCAAGCCGGGCGUCCCCAAAGCCAGGGGUGCGGCCUCGGCCCCGGCCUCGCUGAACUCCUCCGUGGAGAUGGACCUGGACGGGCUGGAGGACUACUUCAGCUCAUGAUGGGGCACGCGGGGCACGCCUUCCUCUUUGCUCUCUUUGUUUAAUUUUGAGUUUUUCCUUUUUAACUUUUUUCUUCAACUUCUUCCUCCAUCUCAUUCCAGUCUAUGUGCUUACAUUUAUAAGGAAAAUAGGCUUUCAGGCAAAAACAGACUCCCACAUAGAUUGCUUUGCUACAAGGAAGAAGGAAAAGUUCCUGUUGAAACCUCUCCGUUGAAUCUUAUGUUUGAAGCCCUGUUUUAGGAAAUGAAAAUAGCCUCUGGACUACUCAAAACAGCUUUACCGUAACUCUCGUUACAUUUUGUCAUUUGGCCCAGCCCUUUCCAGACCAUAUUUUUGCUAAUAAAUGUCCAGUGUGUUCUUGGCGUCAUGUACGGGCCCUGCUUCCUCCUAGGGUGGGCGCCGCCUCCGUGUCUAAGGUGGUGGUUAGAACACCCAGCACCGUUUGCAGUCCCUGAGAGAGGGCUCUGUGGUAGCGUGCUGUGGCUGUUGUACAUCAGCUAGGAUGUGGGUGCCCCCUACCCUGCCAGACCCCAUUGAUCAGAUUGCGACUUCAGAGG